GAGGUCCCCUUUCCCGCCAUCGCGUCGCCUUCGCACCCACCCAUCCGCCUCCCUUCGCUCCCAAGCCAUCCAGCUACGACGACCCAACCAACGCCACCGCUCGCCGGUCUCACCUCCUCCCUGUACAUAUACUCCUCUGCCGCAGAUCUCGCCACAGCAGUCAGCAGCGACACACUCUGCUGCGCCGACGAGAGAUCACUAGCGUCUGCGCCGCGCAUUGAUCGAGCAACAACAGCAUGGCGCCGCAGCUCCGGCCAUGGGGCCGCCUCCUGGCGCUGGCGGCGCUCCUCGCGGCGGCCGCGGCGCAGUCGUCGCCCGCAGCGGCGCCGGCCACGCCCACGCCGGUGCCAGUGCCCACGGCGCCCGCCCAGUCCCCUCCCGCGCCGGCCACGCCCGCGCCGACCGCCACUCCCGUCACCCCCGCGCCCACCGCCACCCCCGUCGCGCCCGCUAAGCCGCCACCCGCAGUCGCGCCGGUCAAGCCGCCUCCGGUUCUCGCGCCCGUGUCCGCGCCGCCGCCCGUCGUGACGCCUCCACCCGUGACUCCACCGCCGGUGAAGGCGCCUCCUCCAGUCACGCCACCACCGGUCACCGCGCCUCCGCCCGCGACAACGCCCCCGCCGGCGGCCGCACCGGCUGAAGCCCCCGCGGUGCUCCCUCCCGUGGCGACUCCCCCGCCGGUGGCCGAGGCGCCCGCGGUGCUGCCCCCGGCCGAGGCUCCAUCCAAGAGCAAGAACAAGCACAAGAGAAAGAGGAGCGGCAAGAAGAAGUCGCCCGCCCCCGCGCCGGAGCCGCUCAGCCCGCCGGCCCCCAUCGCGCCCGAGCCCACCACCGUCGAGGACGUCUCCGGCCCCGCACCCUCCGCCAACGAUCUGAGCGGGAGCGGCCGGCAGUACGGGCGCUGGGGCAUCGUCGUGCAGACCGCUGCCAUGGCCGCGCUGCUGCUGUCGCUAGCGUGGUGAACGUCAAACACAGCAGAGAGAUACAUCCAUCCAUCCAUACAUACAUACAGCUUGUUCAUGUAUCGGGUCCAUGAUUUAACCAUUACGCUUUGCUUGUUAUGAUAGAGAUCCAUCAUUUGUUCGAGGCUUGUAAUAAACAGUUUUUUUGACAUAUUUUUGCUUGUGGUGGUGUGUCGUUUGGCACAAACGCGCGAAUGGAUGUUGCCUGAUCUGCAUUUUUCAGAAAGAAAAUUGAUAGUUUUCCA